AUGAUCCCAAUUGCCAGACAUUCCGUCCUGCGGGCUGCCCGCUCGCAGAUCUACCCUGCUCGCUCGCUGAGCACGCCCGUUUCCGCUGCUCUCGCCCGCCUUCUUUCGACCCUCGCAGUUCUCGAACAGCGCGAUGGCAAGCUGCAAAACUCCUCCUUCUCCGCCAUUGCGGCUGCACAGAAGCUCGGUGGCCCAGUAACAGCUUUCCUCGCUGGUAGCGGUGUCAAGGGAACCUCUGCGGCGGAGGCGGCUAAGAUCAAGGGCCUAGACAAGGUUGUGGCCGUGGAGAGCGAUGCCUACGAGAAGGGCCUUCCAGAGAACUAUGCCCCGCUCCUCGUUGAGAACAUCAAGAAGGGCGAAUACACCCACAUUGUUGCCGGACAUUCAGCUUUCGGCAAGAGCUUGCUGCCCCGCGUGGCCGCUCUCUUGGAUGUUCAGCAGAUCUCUGAUAUCACCGGUAUUGAAAGUGAAGACACUUUUGUCCGACCUAUCUAUGCCGGAAACGCCAUCCUGACCGUGCAGUCAAGCGACAAGAUCAAGGUAAUUACCGUGCGCGGCACUGCCUUCCAGGGCGUUGAGACCGAAGGCGGCUCUGCCGAGAUUGUGGAUGGCGUGGACUCAAAUCCCCCUGCUCAAACCGAGUGGGUGUCAGAGGAGCUUUCGAAGUCCGAGCGCCCGGAUCUUGCCACCGCGACUCGCGUUGUUUCUGGUGGACGUGGUCUCAAGUCCAAGGAGGAAUUCGACCGAAUCAUGCUUCCUUUGGCUGAUGCCCUCGGCGCUGCGGUCGGUGCUUCCCGUGCCGCUGUCGACAGCGGCUUCGCGGACAACAGUCUGCAAGUUGGACAGACCGGUAAGAAUGUUGCGCCCCAGCUCUACCUAAGUGCUGGUAUCUCUGGUGCCAUCCAGCACUUGGCUGGUAUGAAGGACAGCAAGGUCAUUGCUGCUAUCAACAAGGACCCUGAGGCACCAAUCUUCCAGGUCGCCGACGUUGGCCUGGUCGGUGAUCUGUUUGAGAAGGUCCCUGAGUUGACCGAGAAGGUGAAGAGCGCUUAG